AUCUGAGGGGGUCGUGGUCGGUCUAGGUGGGCACCGGAGACCCCGGGGCGGGCAGUAGGACGGGACAGCCCGGGAAGCAUCGGGACCAGAUGAAUGAGACUGUAACAGAGAAAAUGACUGCCGGUUCAGUUUACGUUCCUCAGAUUAUCCCAUUAAGGGCUCCUUGUCCAGGAAGAAACAAACAUGAAAUAAACACCAAUACAUUUGUAGAAAUGAAAUCAGACACUCCAGGUGUCAUUAUAUAUUAUACUUUGGAUGGCAGCAAACCUGAAUUAUUAAAGAGAAAAGGAUUUGGUGAAAAUAACACUUUUAAGUAUACCGGACCAAUCACUCUUCCUGAUGGAAAAAUACAGGUUAAAGCUAAGGCAGUCUCAAGAGACUGCAGGGAAAGUGGCAUCGUAACUAAGAUAUUUCAGGUAGACUAUGAGCCACCAAGUAUAACUUCUUUUCAAGAAGACAGUGAUGAAAAUAUUCACAAAAACUUUGAAAAGCAGGAAUUAAAAAGUGAAAAUUUGGCAUCAAAACUUGAAGAAAGAGAUAAAAAUAGUGGAAAUAAACCUGGUUGUAUUGCUGAAAUUAAAUGUCAAGAUAAUCCAAUGGAAACCCCAUCUUGCAAAGAAGAAACAGUUUUUACACAACUCCCUAAUCAUAAGCCUCAGUUUACUAAUUCACCAGGCAUGAAUGGCCAGAAAAAGUUGACCAGUGCCCAAGUCUUGAGACUUAACAAAGCAACAAACUUUUUCAAGUGUACAAAUUGUUUAACUACUCGCCCAUGUGACCCUUUCACUCGUUUCUGUCAAGAAUGUGGCACUCCUGUUCCACCUCUAUUUGGUCAACACCAUCCACCCCCAGAAGAAGCUGAGAUGGGAAUGUGCAGUGAAUGCAAAAGUAUCGUACCAGUGAAUGCUCCUUUAUGUAUUGUAUGUGAGGCCCCUCUUGAUCCACGGCUACAAUCCCAGGACAACGUUCAUUUAAAGGAUAAGGGAAUCUGCCUUUCCUGUGGAACUGGAAACCCUGCUCCCUUUAAGCAUUGUGUGACCUGUGAGAGUCCUCUGCCAGAAACACAUGUGCCAAUAUUCACUGGAGAAGUAACUUCACCUCUUAUCAAUCAGAAGGCAACAACCAUUUUUUGUUCAAAAUGUGGCCGUAAGAAUCGUUGUGAUGCACGUUUUUGUGACUGGUGUGGAGCUAAGCCUACUCUUCCUGCCUGCUAUUCCAUUUGUGCUAAAUGCAGAGCCAGCAGUUAUCCAAAUGCUCGGUACUGUGGCUCUUGUGGUGAAUAUUUGGAACCCUUCACAAACAUAGAAUCUAGUAAUGGUAAAGCAAUGCAGAUUCUUUCUGAGUCUCAAUCAACAUGGCCAUAUGCUCUCAAAACAAAAUCUAAUAUGCCAGAAAAGAAGGACAAAGGCACACAAACUAUUGGCCUGUUUUACCCAUCAAACAAGUUUUUUGUAAAAAAAGAAUUGGAUUUUCUUUCUCAAAAAGAAAGGCAGGAGAAGAGGAAUGAUCACAGGCCUCAGCUUACCGCCAUCAGUCCUGGAAGAGGAUAUUGGAGGAAACAGCUGGAUCACAUCUUUGCUCAUCUCAAAAGUUAUGCACAGAACAACCCUAAUUUCAGGGCUUUAGUUGGAGAACCAAGAAUGGGAAAGCUUCUCUCAGCUACAAUCCAUGAAGACAAUUAUUCAGUCAGCAUUAGACUGAAUUACAUGCAAAUCACAAAGACUAUUUUUUCCAACAAGCCAAUAAAUUAUGAGCAGUAUUUUCCAAGCCCAACAACAGAAGGUCAAAAUGGACAUUAUGGUAGACAUUUCUAUACUGUCAAUGAAAACAACCAAAGCACUUCAGACUCUACAGGAGACAUAAAGAAUGUAAGGAAGAUAAGACCAUUUCAAAGAAAGGAAGACUUUCUUUCACCUGAAAGUAGACACCUACUGAAGGAAAUAAGUCUAAAAGGAGAUGGAAGAAUCUUUAUGGUUGAACAAAUGCUUGAUGAAGGAGCUGAUCCCAACUGCACCAAUAAUGAAGACAGACCUUCUUUAACUGUGGCUGUUUUAAAUAAGCACCAUGAAGCAAUACCAGUUCUUCUGCAAAAAGGUGCAGACAUUAACCAUCAGUCAGGACCGCUGGGGAACACGGCUCUCCAUGAAGCAUGUCUGCUGGGGCCAGAAGGGAAGAAAUGCGUAGCAGCCUUAUUGAGAUAUAAUGCGAGUAUUCGAAAGAAAAAUGAAGAAGGAGAAUCAGCAUAUGAUUUAGCUCUGAAGAUGGGGAAUGAUGAAAUUAUCUCAUUAUUUGCUGCAAAACUUGAUCAAGGAAUCCUAAACCAACAUACCCAAUCUAAGAACCUCAGUCUCAAAGACUUUUGAUCCUAUUUCCUUAUUCCUGAAUGCCAGUUUGACUUUAUUUAAAGAAAAUUGCUAACACAUCACAUUCUCUACUAAUUUUGAAAUUUUUUCCAAAUACUUGCAAAGAAAGUUUUCAACAUUUACCUUUACAAAACGUAUUCCAAUUUU